CGAGGACCAAUGAGCGUGGAGGACGGCCCUGGCGUCCAUUUUGGCCGGGAAGCUGUGUUGUGUUUACAGUGUUGUUGGCAUACCCUCGUGCAACUCCGGCGACGCUGGGGCCUUUACUCUCGUCCACAAAAUGUCAGAAUCGGGCGCCUCUCCGGCCAAAAUAAAAAAGCUAGACCCGGCAGAGGAAGUGAACGAAUCGCGGGAAUACGACCCAGAGACCCAAAAAGCGCUGGAGGAAAUAGACUCGUGUCAGAAUGAGAUUGAUCAGCUCAACGAAAAAGCCAGUGAGGAAAUCUUGAAGGUAGAACAGAAGUACAACAAACUAAGAAAACCCAACUUCGAGAACCGGAGCAAAAUCAUCCAGAGGAUCCCUAACUUCUGGGUGACGGCUUUUGUCAACCACCCUCAGAUUUCUGCUAUUCUCGAAGAGGAGGAAGAAGAAUGUCUACAUUACUUGACCAAACUAGAUGUAGAGGAGUUUGAUGAUAUUAAGUCAGGCUACAGAAUUAAAUUUCAUUUUGAGGAAAAUCCAUACUUUGAAAAUGACGUGCUUACAAAAGAAUUUCAUCUUGGCUCGACAGGUGAUCCUGCGUCGCAGUCUACAGAGAUAAAAUGGAAAGGAGGACACAAUCUAGUAGAACGAUUUCGACAGAGGAUGCAACAAGGGGAAAAGGGUGGAACAGGCCGGAAACGUCCUCUGGAACUUCGGUCGUUCUUUUCCUGGUUUUCUGAUCAUGGAGAUCCAUCAGCUGAUGAAAUUGCAGAGGUGAUCAAGGAUGACAUGUGGCCCAAUCCCCUGCAAUAUUUCCUGGUGCCAGACAUUGAGGUAGAAAAUGGUGAGGGGGAUGAUGAUGAAGAAGAACUUGAAGAUGAGGAAGUAGAUGAUAAUGUGGUUGUGGUUGAGGAGGAGAUUGAAGAGGUUGACGAAGAAGGUGUAGAAGAGGAGGAGGAGGAAGAUGCACAGGGGGAAGAAGACGGUGAAGCGGAUGAGUGAGGCCGGCUAUGUCAGGUUCUGGAGUUCCAAGAACAUGGUCUAAGCUAUCAGUCAUAAAUAGGAAUGGUCUCAAUGGUUUACUUGAUCAGACUACUUUUGCUAGUUAUAAAAUAGAUUGAUUUUAGGAACUUGCUGUUCUCAUUAAGUAUAUUUACAUGAUGUAUGAGCAAAGGGUAAAUGGGGUAAUUUUCUAAUUGUCAGUAAACUACAUAUUUGUGAAGUUUAGCAUGGCAAAUUUUAGCCUAGCUAUUUUGUUAAAAAAUAAUUUGUUUCAUUUAUUUCCGUAACAAUUUUUAUUACACAAAAUUUCGUUUGUUGAAAUUGCUAUGUGACAUCCUAUAAGUGGGAAGAAGAGUGAUGCAGUAGGACUACACAAAUUUUAUACACUAUUUCCAGUUUUCUCAAAUUAGAUUCGUAUGCAUUGCCCAGUCGAUGUCCUAUGCAAGUUAGCAUGUGUGCAGUGGGUAUGCAGUAAUUUAUAAAUAUAAAAAAGAACUUCUUUUUAUGAUCUAAAAUAUAUGAUGUAUAUUGUUGAGAAUGUCUGCUGUACCCAUUGAACACGUGACUUUGAGACUCCUGUGCUUGGAGACUACUAACAGCAUAGGCAGUAUAAUUAGAUUUAAUUUACUAGAAUGACAAAACUAAUCAUGUACAAGUUUUCUACUAUGGGAACAAAAGUAAUGUGUCAUGAUGUAUGAUCAUUCCUAUCAUUAAAAGUCACUUUUGUAA